AUGGGGUUCUCCCCAACAGCUCUGCGGGGGCCAGUAGAAGCCUCCGUGAACCCCGUUGGAGUGGGAACACCCCUCUCGGCAGAACACUGCUGCGACGAUAUACCUCUGGUCAUGCAUCCCCUGCAUAGGAGCAAACCGUUCUGGCCCCCAUAUUUCCGCGUUUUGGCAUUGACGUUCGCCUCUUUGGCAGUGCUAUAUUGGGUGUUACGCUGCUUCGACCGUCUGAGGUCUGGACGGAAGUCAGCUGGCACAUCGAGGGCGCUAGCCGACGUCAACGAAACACCGUGCCUUAGCGACCACGGCACCGACACAGAUAAGGAGGGGGGGGAAUCUGAGGAUGGUGGGUUCCCCGGGCCGUCUCGUGAGGCCCCGCAUACGCUGCUAUCCGAGCUUCCCGCGGCCCAAGGUAUGGAAACAGCAGCGGCAAAUGAGGCGUCAGCUCACCUUCUUGAGGAAUGGUCUGGGGCGGAUGGCGAUGUCUUUUGGCAGUGGUAUCCAGAGACUGCAGGUGGUGCAAGUGCGGCGGAGCCGUCUCUUCAGUGGAUGCAGCAUCCACAGGAGCUCCAGUUAGAUCCGUUGCAUGUCGGUGACAUCUAUUUUCCGCCUAGAGACUUACACCAAAGCGUGUAUGAACCACCGGGUCUCUCUGCACAUCCGUUUUCCCAAGAGUCUGCUACUCAAGUGCCAUAUAUGUCUAUGGCACCCUAUACAGAUACCUCCUAUCCCUAUUCCCAAGAACUAAGUGACCAAGAGGCGGUCCUUCUUCCCGUCGCGUACCCUGAGGGAGCAUGGCAUCAAACUCCACAUAAUCCGAUGGAGUCGGCGCAACUACAGUUCAGUCAGGGUGGGCUGCGCACUCACCCAGGCGGCACGGUUACGGAUUCCGGUGAACAACACUCCGGGGAAUCAGCUGCAGGGGGGCUUACGCAAUCCCAAAAAGUGCAAUCCUUGUCACCUUCAAGCCAAAACCCCUUUGGGGGAUGGUAUUCAGGGCCCGCAGGUGAUGCAAGUGCGGCGGAGCCGUCUCUUCAGUGGAUGCAACCUCCACAGGAGCUCCAGUUAGAUCCGUUGCAUGUCGGUGACAUCUAUUUUCCGCCUGGAGACUUACACCCAAACAUGUAUGAACCACCGGGUCUCUCUGCACAUCCGUUUUCCCAGGAGUCUGCUACUCAAGUGCCAUAUAUGCCUAUGGCACCUUAUACCUCCUAUCCCUAUUCCCAAGACCUAAGUGACCAAGAGGCGGUCCUUCUACACGUCGCGUACUCGGAGGGACCAAGCACAGACCAGGGUGCACGUUUGGCGCUCAUCACUCUGAAGAUCUUGACCAUGGAUUUAGGGGUCUUGUCGCUUCUUCCCGAGGAUCUUGAGCCUGUUCGACAAUCUAUAGGUGACACCCUUUUAGAAUUAGUAGAAAGCACGACAUCCUACAAGGGAAAAGGCCAAGAAGAAAAUUACAACAUCAAAGAGGUCAGCCGCAUGUCCCCUUUGAUUCGGCAAAUCAUGUUGCCCAGGCACGAGGAUAGAGAAGUAUCCGCUCAAAAGCGGCGAGCUCGGACGCUUACUAUGAUGGGAUGGGUUCGGCACAUUAACCAGCAUUUGGCAAGGAUGUUGUGGGAUUUGCCCGUGUUUGCUGAGUCCACUUCACGUGAGGAUUUUGAGAAAUUAGUAGAGCAAGACAUUAAAGUUUUGAACGCAAUAUGGCGUGUGCAUAAGAAGUACGUCAACCGAGACAGACUCCACCGACGUCAUGUUCUGGCCAGCCAAACAAAUUCCAAAAAAUGGUUGCUUUUGAGCUAUGAGGAGUUGCAGGCUGAGGACACAACUAUAUUCCCCUCAUUCGAGAAAAUCAUUGAGGAAUUUGAGCAGACCGUUAACAAUGCUGGCGGAAUCCCACGCAUUGCCGCAAGCGUUUCUGAGACUUCAGGGGAUGGUGCCAACACCGCAAAAAAUUCUGUGGUAGAGUGGCCAUUUAUCCCUCUAACAAGUGCGGAUAGGGUCGAUCCACAAGGAUGGCUAGGUGUCGUCUCGGUGUACGGAAGAGGUUG